CAGACAAUACCACUCUUCUUAUCAACAUGGCAUCUCUUAGUGUUACAGAAAUUACCGAUGUGGAUGAAUGUGCUGAUGGAUCUCAUGACUGCGCAGAUAAUGCUCUGUGUAUUAACACCGAUCCAGGACUAGGCUUUGAGUGCCUCUGUAAUGAGGGCUACGAUGACCUCUACCCAGCCACACUCCCUGGACGCUACUGUAUGCUCGCAUCUGAUACAGCGGACAAUACAAUUAACGAGGCGGAUGAUUCCUUAAACGUCGGGCUUAUUGCUGGCCUUGUUCCUGGCCUGGGCUUUGCCUUGGUCCUCAUCUUUGCCUGCACUGCAUAUGCAUGCAUGAACUUUGUCCGCAUUCAGAGGGAGAAGCAUAUAGCUCAAUUUGUGAUGAGAGGUCGACCUUCUUCCUCCCAUCACUCUAGCGGAACCUCGAACGACCAGCUGUCGUACCGCAUUGAGAGCUCGCAAUCAGAUGUGUACUAUCACAUCACUGGCUCUAACAACACACGUUCAACACUUGGGACUAGUCAACGAAGUGGAGAUCGCCGAGUGCCGAGUAGCAAACGCUCAGGCUCAAGUGCCCGAUACAGCACAGGGUUGCCUCCACGCAUGGGAAGCUCACAAUCCAAUCACUACAACAAGUACCCAGGCUCUGACAGCAAACGUUCUAUUAAGGGGUACGGUCAGCGAAGUGGAGAUCAAGUGUCGAGUAGCAGACGUUCAGCCUCGAGUGGCUUUUACAACAGCGGUCUCACGAUCCAUGAAUGAACAGGGAACUUUUAGGUGUACUGUUAGAAGCUCUACUGAAAACUACACUGUGUUAAUGCUACAUGUAUAUAAUGCCCUAAAAUUAAAGUACUUGGCUAUUUCAUUUCCCAUACGAGUAUUGUGUUGUUCUGCCGAUGAAUCGAUAUGAAAUGUAUUAUUUCACUUGAUAUUUAAUCUUACCUAAACAAUCAAUGAUCAGAUAUUCUAAAAUCUAAGAUGUGGUAAAUAACGUAUGGAACAAACAGUCUGGAAUAUCGUAAUAUCAAUUAAAUAGAAUCAAAGGCCUGGAAUUAAUUCACAGAUUGGAGAACGAAGUUUUCAAAACAUUAACCUGGUAAUAUAAAAUAGGUUACCACGUAAAUUGUUUUCCAUUACGGUAACUCCUACUAAAUCAUUUAAGAAACAUUUUAAAACUAGUUUAUACAUAUGUAAAUGUUAGCAUUGUAGUAGGAUGUGUUAUUGUUUUGAAUAUUCUGGACUCGGAGGUUUUGAUGCUGUUGGUAAUCUGCUCUGUAAAGCGCUUUGAUCAGCUUUGAAUCUGAUAUAGCGCUAUGAAAGAACCUAAAUACUGUCAUAUUUUGUUAUUCCUAAUGUUUGAAGUGUUGAAUGUUAAACAUGCAAAACCUUGGAAUGUAAUUCACUCUAUUAUUCGUACAAGUGCAUCUAUUUAAACAAAUAUCAAUAUAUUAUAAAAAAAACUAUAUAUGUAAAUAAAACCCUCGUCGAUGUAUCGUAUAUUUGAAGACAUGGAAAGUAAGUGAACCUUAAUUUAGAACUUUAACUAAUUUACUUACUAUAUAUGUUUAUAUUUUGAGGAUAUUUUUCUAUAUCAAAGUUUUGUAUUCAUAUAUGUAUGAAUUGUUGCAUAUUAUACAAUGGGGAUUUACUAUUGGACUGUGAUAAAGCUGUAAUUAAGAUGUAUCUUACAUGUAGUUCCGUUCUGCUAUGUCUUAGAUUUCAUGAACGUUUUGCGAAUUCAAAACUUUGGAACAUACUAUUCUUGAAUUAAAUGUUUCUAGUUUAAAUUCUUAGGAAUCAUUCUAUGAAGCUAGAGUAGGUCGUAUGAUCAAUAUUACAAAUAUAAACUAGGAUCACAAUUAAUUUUGGUCAUAAGUGUUUUCAGUGAUUUAAUUUAGUUUCCAA